AUGAGAGGAAGCCGCUUAAGAAACCCUGACUCGGUGGAUAUAGGCUCCAUAACCAGGACUGUUUUCGCCGAGGAUUCAGCUGACGGGACAAAUCGAUAUUGUCUUCUUCCAGUCUCCUUGGGCCAUCCUCAGUCCGUCAUUACGGUCCGUCGUCAGCCUUCGAGGGCUCUUCUAGUGUCGGGAUUUGGACUGACUAUAGUCACAAGUAGGCAAACCCAGGACAACCCCGCUUUCGCCCCAGACCAACAAUGGGGAAGGUCAACCCUAACGACGGGACCAAGACAAACAGGCGGAGAGGAGAGGAUUGAAUCCAGGCCGGGCGGGGACAAAGGGCUUCAUUAG